ACUGCACCCACAAUGACCGGCAUUUAAACCUCUGAGGCUGAGUGAGUUUGGUUUCUGUCUGAGAUAACGUGAAUACGGUUACUGAUAAUUCUGAUAAAAUAAUGGAGGAAGAACUGAACUAUGUAGCAGUGACUUUCAAGCCAAAUGGUAUUUGUACACAUGAGAAACCAAACGACCUGGAAAUAAUCUAUGAUGAGGUGAAGACAUGGGAGGAUAAGGCAUUGGAUUCAAAUCCUGCCAUAUCAGAAAAUGAAAAGAAAGCUCCACUGUGCACCCUGCUUCAUAAACUGGCAGCAAGUUUGGGGAUUAUUUGUGUCAUCUUGGUGUCGGCCAUCAUCACAGUCAGUAUCCACUUCAACACAGUCAUGUCAGAGCAGCACAGAGAAAACGUCAACUUAACAGCACAAACUCGGCAGCUGUGGAAAGAAAAGACCGACUUAGAGAGACAGACAGAAGAGCUGACCAGAGAGAGAGAUGGACUCAACUGGACCGUCGGAGUGAUCAUGGAAUAUCACCACUUCCCGGUGAAGGCACACUGCCCACAGAAAGUGUGUAGACCUUGUCUGGAAGGCUGGGUGCUGUUUCAGACGAACUGUUACCUGUUUUCAACAUCUGAUUACUACGACUGGAGGGCUUGGCAGGGAAGCCGCGACAAAUGCCAACGGAUGCAGGCAGAUCUGGUGGUGAUUGAAAGCCAGGAGGAACAGGAAUUCAUCAGUAACCACACAAAAUACUAUGAUGCAUUGCAUGGCUAUUGGAUCGGCUUGAGCAGGAUGGACACGUGGGCGUGGGUAGAUGGAAGCAACUUGACUCUGAUGUACUGGAAAACACAAGAACCUGACUACAAAGUACCAUGUGCUCUAAGUCUGCCACAAGCAGAUCCUCUGGCCAACUGGCACAAAGCGAGCUGUAGCAUGAAGAACCGCUGGAUCUGUGAAACACGAGCUUUGAUCAAACCGGAUUAGGAAUCAGCUGCAUUAUUCAAAUAGGUUUCUUUACACUUUUUUUUGGUCAAAACUGAUAAAUGCUGUUCUUGCUGUUUAAAAAAAAAAAUAGUUAAGCACAUUUGUUGUUGUUUUC